AGGCACUUGAAAAAUCUGGAACUGUCCAUGGCUGCUGAUAAACCUAAACCAUUGAUGGAGUCAAAGUCAUGUCCCGCUAGUCAACAAGAACCAAAGGCGUCAGACCAAGUCAACGAGCCACCAUUACAUCCACCAGAUGAAGAGCUCUUUGAAUUAGAAGAACAGCAUCCACCACAAGAGAAUGCUGAGUCUCAAGAAAACCAGGAUGAUAUCGAUUCAGCUAUAGUUAAAAGCCUACAAGAAACUACAAAAGACAUGCCAGAGCUCAAAUUAUAAAUAGUGGGUGGAGAAACCAGAUAUCUUGGACCUCAAUUAUGCUGUACUGAUACAGUGCUUUGGAAGUCUUUGCUGCUUUUUAUAUCACUUGAACAUUUUUUCUGGGCAGGUAAAAGGAUGCUCAAGUUCAUUAAAUUGUUUUUAUAAACUGCACUGUACUGUACAUGCAUGGGUUCUCUUUAUGUGUGAUAUAUCACCUAAAAAACUGAAUACAGUUGGAGCUUGUUGCACCACUGAAAAUACAAGUAGUAAAACUGCAGUAUUGGGGAUCUGGAAUACCCAUGUGUCAUUUGUCACCAUAGUGGCAUUUGGUCAGUUCAACAUGAGGGAUGUUCACAUUUGGAGAGGCUUUGGUUAUCGCGAAGCAGGAUCCAAGGUGUUAAAUGGGUACCUGGUGGUGGUAGGAUGCGACCAUCAAUGUUGGUUGAAUAAUUUUUGAGCGCUAAGUAACGCCUGGCUGGAAUGCUCCCCAGGGAGUGGAGAUUGUGCACACAGUGAGUGCGGGCAAGUAUUCAAUCCAAUGACCGGGGUAAAAGUAUAUAUGUAAAGCGCUUUAUCGUAGAUGUAUUAAAGGCAGGCUUUACUACUUCAGCUAGAAG